AAGGCUGCGUGGGUGGGUGGGGAUCCCACUGAAGCAGAGCGCGGCGGGGGCUGGCGCUGCCUGUGCACCCCAGUCCCUGGCAGAGGCGGGCAGCGAGCGGCAGGUGGGGACUGGAGCGGCUGGCUGGCUGGCCGCCCCCCCCCGGGCGAGAGGCUCUUUCCCGCCUGCGGCCGCUCGCGGCGAUGCGUGCGGGGACUGAGCCUUUGCAGGAUUUGUUGCUUCCUUCUUGCACUAGUGGUGACCCUAAGGAAUUUGCUAUGGAUGGGGAAAGUGAAGUGGAUUUUUCUAAUAACAACAUAACGCCACGGUGGUGGAGGAGAUCAACCCCUCAGCUACACACCAAGAGCAAACCUAGACCCCAAUCUUACCAGAGCCCCAAUGGGGUCCUCUUUACAGAUUUCCCUGUGGAAGACAGGGCUACAUUCACUGUGACUCAGCCUGCUGAAACAAUAGUUACUUCUCCAGUCAACAGAUUAGUCCAAAGGAGCCCCUCUUUUAAAUCCAACAUGGGAUCUGUGCCAAAUGGAAAAAUAGGGUCUCCAGAGUAUAAAGCUGUAUCCCCCCAACUUUCUUCUGACCAGGCAUCUCAGGUCCUGAAAUUGGUUUCAGAUAACUUGAUAAGUUUUGGUGGUACAGUAACAUCAGCAGAUGACACACUGCUUCAUCCAGUGUUGAUUUCCAGUCAAUCAGCACUUAUCCCAGAACAUGAACAGACUGCUUUUAUGCCAACUCCUGGGUCCUUACCUGGAAAUAUGCCUUCACUGAAUAACAACAGAAUGGCUGUUUUGCAGUUACAAUCCAACCAGCUUUCUAAAAACCCAGAAAAGGCACUUGUGGGACCCUCAUUGGUUUCCCAGACGGCUCCCUCACAGCAAAACUUAACUCUCCACAGACUGACAUCUAAUCAGAACCAGCUCCCAGAAAAACAGUCAAUAGUUCUGAGUACAAAUAGUCCUGCUGCGCUCAAAGUGGGGAAACAACAGAUCAUUCCUAGGAGUUUAGCUUCUGAGAUAAAAGUGACAAACAAAACCAGCAACCAAAAUGUGGAGACAAACAAAAGGGUCCACAAGGUCCGUAGCAUGUUGGAGAUGCUUAAUAUGCCUUUGGUAGCUGAUGGUGAUGAAGAGACAGAAGGUGACCUGGAUAGCCCAGGGGCAUUGAGAAGAGGAUUGAGGUCUACUUCUUAUCGAAGAGCAGUAGUGAGUGGCAUUGACUCUGACAGUUCUACAAAUUUUAAGAAAAAAAAUAGAAUGUCCCAGCCAAUACUCAAAACUGUUGUGGAGGACAAGGAGAAAUUUUCUAGUUUAGGAAGAAUAAAGAAGAAAGCACUGAAAGUACAAGGGACAUUUGAUGGGGAAGAAACUGCAGUUUUGUAUCAGAACUACAAAGAAAAAGCUCUGGACAUAGAUUCUGAUGAAGAUUCUGAGUCCAAAGAACAAAAAUCAGAGGAAAGGAUAGUUAUUCAAUAUAAGCCUCUGAGAUCAACAUGGAGUCAGCUAUCAGUGGUGAAAAAGAAUGGACUGUCUCAGACGAUCAGUCAGGAGGAAAGAAAGAGGCAAGAGGCUAUAUUUGAAGUAAUAUCAUCUGAACAUUCAUACUUGCUGAGCUUGGAGAUUCUGAUCCGGAUGUUUAAAAAUUCCAAAGAACUGAGUUUAACAAUGACCAAAACAGAAAACCACCAUCUUUUCUCCAAUAUUGCUGAUGUCUGUGAAGCGAGCAAAAAGUUCUUUAAAGAACUUGAAGCAAGGCAUCAGAACAACAUCUUCAUAGAGGAUAUUAGUGAUAUUGUCGAAAAGCAUACUGCAUCAACAUUUGAUCCAUACGUGAAAUAUUGUACUAAUGAAGUCUACCAACAGCGAACACUCCAGAAACUAUUAGCUACAAAUCCAGCCUUCAAGGAAGUGCUGUCACGGAUUGAGUCCCAUGAAGACUGCAGGAAUUUACCUAUGAUCUCUUUCCUCAUUCUUCCAAUGCAGAGGGUUACACGCCUUCCAUUGCUGAUGGAUACCAUCUGUCAGAAAACCCCUAAAGAGUCACCAAAAUAUGAGAUCUGCAAACGAGCCUUAAAAGAAGUGAGCAAGUUGGUCCGUUUAUGCAACGAAGGGGCUCGAAAAAUGGAAAGGACAGAAAUGAUGUACACAAUUAACAACCAGCUGGAAUUUAGAAUCAAGCCAUUUCCACUGGUCUCCUCGUCCCGGUGGUUAGUGAAAAGGGGUGAAUUAACAGCAUAUGUGGAAGACACUGGACUCUUCUCUAAAAGGACCAGUAAGCAGCAAGUAUACUUCUUCCUCUUCAAUGAUGUCCUCAUUAUCACAAAGAAGAAGAGUGAGGAGAGCUACAAUGUCACAGAUUAUUCCUUGAGGGACCAGCUGUUGGUUGAACAAUGUGACAGUGAGGAGCUGAAUUCCUCACCCGUAAAGAACAGUUCCACUAUGCUGUACUCUCGGCAGAGCUCUACAAGUCACCUCUUCAGAUUAACUGUCCUUAGCAACCACGCAGGAGAGAAGGUGGAGAUGCUACUGGGGACUGAGACUCAGAGUGAAAGAGCUCGCUGGAUUACUGCACUUGGACAGAACAGUGACAGACGGAAUGCAGACAGGACAACACUGACACAGGUAGAGAUUGUCAGAACUUACUCUGCAAAGCAGUCAGAUGAACUAUCCCUUCAGGUUGCUGAUGUGGUUCUGGUUUAUCAAAAAGUGAAUGAUGGUUGGUAUGAAGGUGAACGAUUGCGGGAUGGUGAGAGAGGCUGGUUUCCAAUGGAGUGUGCCAAGGAAAUCACAUGUCAAGCCACAAUUGACAAGAACAUGGAACGGAUGGGACGUUUGCUUGGACUUGAAACAAAUGUAUAGAGUCCCUAAAAUCUAUUUUUUCUUUGCUUCAGGAUUUGCACUAAGGGCCCUCAGUGGUGGCUUGAUUUUGUGCUUAUUGUCCCACUAUAGCUGUAGCGUGGGAGCUGUGAAUCAGAGAUUUGUAAAAUCAGUGAUACGAGGAAAGGCGGGGGGGAGGGAGGGAGUCAGCCGCUCACUGUGUAUCCAGGCUACUUUAAGUUAAAAGCCCCUAAAAAGUAAAUUAAAAUUCUAAAGUUCCCAUAACAAAAUGCAGGUGACAUCUUUAGAUAGUCCCCUCUUCCUUGUUUUACAGUGUGAGAGAGCUAACUGAGUCAAGGUCUUAUCUGCACUGAAUCCUAACUGGGAUUGAGUGGUAGGCUUUGGAGAGCAGCUCCACAUAUCUUUGACUUCACCUCCCUUUGUCUUUAGCUGCGCCACUCCCUCUACCUUUAUGUGCUGUUUCCUCACCCACACCCGUCCAACCACACAAACACACUUUUUUUUUCUUGUUUGUUUUUUCAGUCAUUUAAAAACACCUUAGCUUCCUCUGGCAAGGCCGACCACCAGCCACCCACAAACAUGUUGCCCUGCAAGCAAGCAGCAGCAGCAACAAACUAAUAUUUGGGGAUUUCCCACUCCUCAAGGGAAAGUUUCAGUGCUGUAUUGCUAGCACAAGAUGGUGAUAUGAGUGGGGAUAAAUAGCAGCUCUCUAGCCCCUCAUAUGGCCUAAAAUGGAACCCGUGAGCACGCACUGUAUAAGGUGCUCCCUCCCCAGUAAGACCAGAGAAGACAUAUACCAAGUAAAAAGAUGUUCCACUAAGUUAAGAGUGCACAGCUCUCUACUUUUGUAAUAUAAGAGCAUUAUAUUCUGUUGGGUCUUCUCAUCUUUCUCCUUGUGGCUCUCUGUCUACAUCUAUCUAUAUGUCUGUUUUAAUUAAGGGUUUUCAUAACGUUAGAUUACCUCUUGUGUUCAUCCUUUAAAACCUUAGCUCCUUGGGCUUUCUCCUCCCCAAUGAUGGCUUCUUAUUUCACACACAUUAUUUUUUUUUAAAUGCUGUCAUUUGAAAAGCAGUGAUUAAAGUAACUCUGUCCCAGCUAGCAAAGCUAAUGUGUUCUCCAGGGACUGAGCGGGGAAAUCCAGAAUGGUUUUCUGUUGGUCUUUUUCGAUGAUGAUGAUGUUUCAUCUAUUCAAGCAGCUCAGAUUUUGUUUCCUUCCAGUGUUGUUUCAGUGUUCAGAGUGCCAGGAAGGGUUUUCAAAUCAAGAAGUAUGCAGUCAACUUUUGUAGUGUGGGAAAGUAAGCUUGGUCUCCGAGGCUCCAGCCUCCAUUCCCAGAACAGACCAGCCAUACGGUACGUCUACCCUUUUAGCUGGGGAUGUAAUUCCCAGCUCAAGGAGACUUACUCAGGCUAUUGCCAUUGAGUUAGAACAGUCAAAUCAGAACAUAGCCCUGGUAGCAUGAGCAACAGGACGGGUUAGCCACCCUGAGUACGUGCCCGUCAGAUACCUUAGCUUGUUUCAACUUGUUCUUUGUAAAAAAAAAAUAUUCUCCAUAAGUAUAAGCAGCUCUGUGCUCUGCUCUGCUCCUCUGUGUCCCUGCUAGAAAAUCAGAUUGCCUGACUGACAGUGUUAGAAUUCUCUCCAAGCUUAUCCAAUUCCACACAGUAUUUCACUGGAGCCCCACGCCAGCUGAUUCCGACACCUUCUCUUGUGCCGUUUCUCUUGCCUUCCCUGAGCCCUGUUAUGCACAGAAUAAACUAAUUUUCUGUGCUCUGGAGCACACACAUGCACAUGCUCAUUUGGUGUCUGUGGAAGCUAAACACAAGCUGAGACGUAGGAUUUGGCUCCCACUAUUGUCCAUUAUGGUAGCAUUACAGUAUCUUUUUGAGCAGUUUGCACUUUUAUACAUUUACAGACA